AUGGCGGAACACACCAAGCUCAUCACGAUCGAUCCUAACGGCGACACCCUCCUCAAGCUCAAGGACAUCCACUGGGAGCUACCGGAAUGGAUCGACGAAGCCACUCGUUUCGCACCGCCCGCCGAGAUCACCGAGUCAUCACACAAGGAUACUGCGAUGGAAGGUGCGGACGGGAGCGACCGGCGUAAGCACCCCGAGGAAGUACACUUCUUGGUGUCAUCACGUCAGCUCCGUCUUGUAUCUACUUACUUCGACGCCAUGUUCAAGAGAGACUUUGCCGAGAGCGUCGCCGAUUCCACGGAUGGGAAAUACCAUAUCUGGGCUACUGAGUGGAACCCUACGGCGCUGGAGCAACUUCUGAUUGUCGCGCAUGCUCGAAAUACAGGCGUAAAUGAAAAUGUCAGUUUCGACGUAGUGGUCGACAUGGCUUUGAUAGUUGAUUACUACGACAUGCACGAGACGCCAUACACUCACGCCAAGAGACUCUUUACUCGAUGGUGGGGCAACGGCACGUAUCGUUCACUCAUGCCCGAGAGUGUUCUUCAUGGCAAGGUGAUUAGGUGGAUGUUCUUGUCGAAAGUGUACAAAGAUAAUCAUAUCUCUCGGAGAACGAUCGAAAUAGCAAAGAAACACAGCAAGGGGCCUCUGCAAGAUCUGGGAUUGCCACUGGGCAACAUUCCAGAAAAGUUAGAAAAGCACCGACAGCAGGCUAUCAAAGCGAUCGUCGACCAGCUGGAUAGUCUCAUCGAACGUCUUCGCAGAGGUGAAGAAUGCUGCAGCUUCACAUGCCGGUCUUCCGUCCUUGGCUCCUUGAUACUGCUCAAGCAAUCUGGUGGACUCUCCACAGUCGGAGGGGGCACCAUCUCACCGUCUUACCAUGGCAUGAGUCUCCAGGAAGCCUGUGCCGCCAUGGGGGCUAUGGUGACCCGGAAACAAUCUUCUGUUAUGGGAGGCAGGAUAAUUCUAGAUCAGGGAUAUAUGCCCGUAGGAGCAUGCAAGGAAUGCGACUUCAGCGGUUUGUUCGAUCGGAUUAUGAAGAAGGUCGACGACGAUCUGAAGUUCCAACUUGAUCUCAGUCCGUCAAGACCCGUCAAAUCCUCGGACUGA